AGCUUCUUUAAGUAGAUUCACUUGCAUAAUUCAAAAUGAUAGGUGCGGUUUAAAAGUACCUAGGUGAUGACUCUAAUCAAUAUAGUUUUUCCUUGUCCACCAUUUCAGGAAGUGAAACCGAGGACGGGGAAACCACGGGAAGUGACGAGUUAGAAGGCUAGCCAUAUUGUAAUUGGAUAUGAAUUUUAGAAACAAAUCAUGAUCUUGUAUUUGGAGAUUUUAUGAUAUGAGAGAGAAUUUUAAAGAUUUGAUCUUCAGUUUUUGGUGGUAUCAGAGUGUGAUAUGAUAAGUUCCGAGCCUUGUGCAUUUGUGGGACCCGUCUCACGAGUGCACGGCGUUUGUCGCGUCUCGAAAUUGGGUUUUGGGGCGUGACAUAGAGAUUGUAGCAUAUAACCUAGAGAUAAUAGUGAAGAAUGGGUGCUUGUGUGCUUACCGUGCUUGGGAUUUCAAAAGAUGAACAUGGCCAAAGUGAGGGUACUAAAGAAGAGCAAGGACAAAAGGCUGGUGAAGCCAGCCAAGUAAUUUCUUCCAAGAAACCAGCAUUAGGCAAAAGAAAGAGUAUGACCAAGCUAUCCAAGAGUAAAGCUUGCAAAUCUGAUGCUUCAUUAGCCACAAAACAAAUCAAAACUAAGGCACCCAUACCUGAUAAAGCAAAAAUGCCCAAGGAAAAUGAAGAGAAGGCAUGUGUGUGCAUUGUUGAGCUUUCCUUGCAUAAUCAAUACAAGCUUUCCAUCAUUGUGGACCUCACUAAGAGAUCAUUGUAUGUGAGUUAUUAUUUGUAUGUGUAGCUUCCAGCUUUCAGUGAAGGACUAUGCCCCAUUCUUAUUCUUGACGAUGAUGAAGCUUCAUCUAAGGCAAAAAAGGCUAAGAAUGUGAAGGCUCUAGCAAAGGGCAUGAAAAAGGCUUAAGAGGAAAAAAUGGGUUUGAUGCUUAUAGCAUGAAUGAUCUCCUUUUCUAUAUGUUGACAAUGAAGGAAAAAUCAAACAUAUAUGUGUAAUGGCAUUUUGGUAAUUUUGAGUUUGUGGGGUCAGGGUAACCCAACUAUCUAAUGGCUAGAUUUGUGUUGGGUGAGGACAAGUGUCAAGUUUUGGGAUGAUCUGGGCACUCUUGAUAAGGUUGGUGUGUAAUUAUUAUUUCUCUAAUGUUUCUAGUGAAGGAUUGCUAGUUCGCUAUCCUCUUA